AUGGAGUAUAAAAAUGGGAAUAUGUAUGAAGGUAAUUUCAAAAGUGGCUCAAGAUAUGGCAAAGGAGUAAUAUAUUACAGUGAAACAUAUGAUUCAAAGAAGUAUGAAGGUGAAUGGGUAAAUGAUUAGUUUGAAGGUUUUGGAAUUUUUGAAUGGAGGAGCGGCUCGAGGUAUGAAGGGUAAUUUAAAAAUGGUGAUUUUAAUGGAAAAGGAAUUUACUAUUAUAGAGAUUAAGAUUCAGAAAAAAAGUAUGAAGGAGAGUGGGUCUCGGAUAAAUAAGAAGGUUUUGGGAUUAUGGAAUAUAAAAAUGGAAAUAGGUAUGAAGGUAAUUUCAAAAAUGGCUCAAGAAAUGGCUAAGGAGUAUUAUAUUACAGUAAAACAAAUAAUUCAAAGAAAUACGAAGGUGGAUGGUUAAAUGAUUAGUUUGAAGGCUUUGGAAUUUUGGAAUGGAGGAGUGGCUAGAGGUAUGAAGGGUAUUUUAAAAAUGGUGAUUUUAAUGGAAAAGGAAUUUACUAUUAUAGUGAUUAAGAUUAAGAAAAAAAGUAUGAAGGAGAGUGGGUCUCUGAUAAAUAAGAAGGUUUUGGAAUUAUGGAAUAUAAAAAUGGGAGUAGAUAUGAAGGUAAUUUCAAAUAUGGCUCAAGAAAUGGCAAAGGAGUAAUAUAUUACAGUGAAAGAUAUGAUUCAAAGAAAUAUGAAGGUGAAUGGGUAAAUGAUUAGUUUGAAGGUUUUGGAAUUUUUGAAUGGAAGAAUGGCUCAAUGUAUGAAGGGUAGUUUAAAAAUAAUCAUUUUAAUGGAAAGGGAAUCUUCUACUACUAUAAUGAAGAUGAUACUAGAAAGAGAUAUGAAGGAUAAUGGGUUAAUGAUAAAUAGGAAGGCUAUGGAAUUUUAGAGUAUAAAAAUGGUACUAAAUAUGAAGGAAACUUCAAGAAUGGGAAAAAGAAUGGAAAAGGAAUCUAAUUAGAUUAAAAUGGUUAAAAACUUAAUGGUGAGUGGAUUGAUGAUAAAUUUUAAAAUAAUUAAAUAUAUUAUAAAAUAAGUAAAUAUUAAUAGUUUUGA